UGCACUCUAAAUGAUAUAGACAUGCAUAGCCUACUUUAAUAAAUAGGAACUACUUACAUAGCUGAAUGACUCGUCAAAUUAAGUACGCAUUUGAGGGGCUACCCUUUUGUUUCAUGUCAAUGUUUAUGUGAAACAGAUUUGUCUGAGAAGGUCUUCAGUUGCCCAGGUCUUUCAACUGUAGUAGAAGUAAAGCAGCUGGAAUUAAAUAAUCUUAAAGGACUUUUCAAGUUUAGACCCCAAGUGCAGACACCUUUAUGUGCUGCUCCUGCUGCUACUAGACGGAUUUACUGCGUCUUAACAGAAAAGAAAAACACAACGCCAGUGAUCAGGGACUGCAGUACCGUCGCUGUGAAACCUUGAGAGCUCUGCUUAUCUCCGAGUCCGUUGGCAAAAUCCACGCGAUGCUGAUUGGUGGAAAAGCCCGCUUUUCUUUAAGCCCCUCCCCUCUGGGCUAUAUAUAGAGGACGAGCUCGGAGGAGAAACUAUUCCUCAUCAUACUCUUCUAAGUGGUGGUUCUCUGUGCUUAGAAGCUAUUUACCUAAAAUGGUUGUGCAAGUUAAAUCGAACUCGAACCAGUACAGCAAAACAAUGGAUGGAAACCAGCAGAAGGUGGAAGCAAAUGUCCUGUUACUUGGAGCAGAAAAUGUUGGCAAAUCAGCUCUCACUGUCCGCUUUCUCACAAGACGAUUCAUCGGUGAAUAUGGUGACAUUGAAUCAAUAUAUAGUCAUAUUGACAAGAUCGAUGGGCGUGAGAUCUCCUUCAACAUCUGGGACUCUCUGUAUCCACAGAGCUGUGAGACGACUGAGUCGAUCAGUGAGAAGCAGCUGCAGUGGGCAGACGGGGUCAUCCUGGUCUACAGCAUCUGUGACCGAUCAAGCUUCGAGGUGGUGCGCCAACAGGUGCAGCUCAUCCGCCAAAUGGGGAAGCUCUCUGCAUCAGUGCCCAUCAUCAUUGUGGCAAACAAGAGGGACCUUCAGCAUCAGAGAGUCGUGUCGAGCGAAGAGGGCCGGCUGUUCGCCCUGUCCGCCGACUGUAGCUUCUUCGAGAUAUCUGCGGCAGAGACUUACCACGGCGUCCUCCUGGUCUUCCAUGAACUGCUGGAGCUCAUCAAAGAGACCAGGGCCAUCAAGAAGGGAGUGGCCGGAAUCAAGGGCAUCGUGAGGAGUGUGUCGGCUGUCUUCGGGAAAAAACGGGAGUAGAGAGACUUUUCCACAUGAUGACGUUACUGACAAGCUGUGGAAGUCAUCCUGGAUGGUCCGAUGGCAGACUGAAUGGCCAGAGAGGACGGGAUCUGGGCAAACGGCUGAUUUGAGUUUGUGAAGGGAAAGAGGGCCAAAUGUAGAAGUCGGGUUGGACUUUUGUAAGGCCCAAGUGAAGGUGCUAGAAAGUUGUUAAAGAUGUUUCACAUGUUUCCUUGAUAUGUAGGCUAUAUGAGCAUUGGUGAGGUCAUAGGCCAGAGCCUUGGGUAGAUUUACAGUCGACAGGGUCCCAAGCAAGGAGCGAAAGCAGUCCAUGACGACUGUAAUCGUACAGUUACCAAUCAGCAUAGAUAUGACUUAAGCAAGAUAUUCAGACUCAGAGUUGCUCUAAGAAGUCUGUACUCUAGGAGGCUCCAAGAGGUAUAUGAACACAUUUGUGAUUCCAAUAAAAGUUUGAAGAUUUCAAAACUAUUUGUACAACCUUGUAUUUGUAUAUAUUGAAGAGUUGUAUAUUUUCUUAUGUCUACUGCGAAGAAUUCAUUCACUGACUGGGUGUCUGGUGUCUUUGAGAUGUACAGUAUACUGUCACUGUUAUAGCUCAUGGAAAGUACAAGAAACUUAUAAAUAACCAUACACUGCUCUGUUCUUAUGAUUCUCAUUGAAAACUAAAGUAAACCUAGCACACGUAUGUGAGUUAUGGAUUUUAUUGAAAAUAAAAUGCUGUAAAUUUCAUUGUUUGAGAACAUGAUGUAAAUGAGAAAUAAAUAUUUCAAAGAAA